AACAAUUUCCUGAUGACUGGUCCAAAGGCUUACCUGAUCUACUCCAGCAGCGUGGCAGCUGGUGCCCAGAGUGGAAUUGAAGAAUGCAAAUACCAGUUUGCUUGGGACCGCUGGAACUGCCCUGAGAGAGCCCUGCAGCUGUCCAGCCAUGGUGGCCUUCGCAGUGCUAAUCGGGAGACAGCAUUUGUACAUGCCAUCAGUUCUGCCGGGGUCAUGUACACUCUGACUAGAAACUGCAGCCUUGGGGAUUUUGACAACUGUGGCUGUGAUGACUCCCGCAAUGGGCAACUGGGGGGCCAAGGCUGGCUGUGGGGAGGCUGCAGCGACAACGUGGGCUUUGGAGAGGCAAUAUCCAAGCAGUUCGUCGAUGCCCUGGAGACAGGACAGGAUGCUCGGGCAGCCAUGAACCUGCACAACAAUGAGGCUGGCCGCAAGGCGGUGAAGGGCACCAUGAAACGCACGUGUAAGUGCCACGGGGUGUCUGGCAGCUGCACCACGCAGACCUGCUGGCUGCAGCUGCCGGAAUUCCGAGAGGUGGGUGCGCACCUGAAAGAGAAGUACCACGCGGCUCUCAAGGUGGACCUGCUGCAGGGUGCAGGCAACAGCGCGGCGGGCCGCGGUGCCAUCGCUGACACCUUUCGUUCCAUCUCCACACGGGAGCUGGUGCACCUGGAGGACUCCCCGGACUACUGCCUGGAGAACAAGACGCUAGGGCUGCUGGGCACCGAAGGCAGAGAGUGUCUGCGGCGCGGCCGGGCCCUGGGCCGCUGGGAGCGCCGCAGCUGCCGUCGACUCUGCGGGGACUGCGGGCUGGCGGUGGAGGAGCGCCGCGCCGAGACAGUGUCCAGUUGCAAUUGCAAGUUUCACUGGUGCUGCGCGGUCCGCUGCGAGCAGUGCCGCCGGCGAGUCACCAAGUACUUCUGCAGCCGCGCGGACCGGCCACGCGGGGGCGCGGCGCACGAACCCGGGAGAAAAGCCUAA